CGAUCAGCAGUCCUCUCCCAGCAGCCGCGGUGCGCUGAUUGCGAGUGUACCAGGUGGCGAAGGUUCGGCCACAUCGCGAGAAAUCGCAGCGUGCUCCUGCUGAUCAGGACGAUACGAGGCUUCUCAUCGUCGGCCGCUCCUCGGCGGAGGAACAGAGACCCUUUUUUCCCUCUCCGGCUCGUCCUUAAUAGCUAGCGAGUCUCGCAGAGAUUUAACCUCAGAGACACUUGUUGUUUGUUGUUGUUAACGAUAAGGAGACACGCGCGUGCUUCGCUGCGCCGGAAAGUCGGAGAUAAAUCUUGGAGUACGCGGAGAACAAUUUAGAUAUAUAUUGUGAGUGUGGAGUUUUUAUCAAGGUUCUGAAGGUGCUGCGGUUCGACGCUUUCCGUGUAUCGAGAACUAGCCGAUUUACCGAGUACCAUCCAUCCGAGCUACACUCGUCAACGAAGUACCUACGAGUGUUUGUGGCAUCAAAGAGAACCGGUUUUACGCAACUGCGGCAUUCAUCUUCGACGUUGCCUCGCCACCGCUGAACAGCUGCUUUGCGUGACCGCAAAGUUCGAUUCGAACACGAGAGAGAGCAGACCGGACAAUAACCAUGUUGCAGGGGAACACCAAUCCUAUCAACGUCCUCCUGAUCGUUCUGGUCACCGUUGCGUCGACACUCGCCUCCACCGGCAUGCCGAGCAUACGGGACAGCAUAACACAUCCGGUUCACGUCUACGAGGGUGACGACGCCUUGAUCACCUGCGUGGUGAGAAAUAUCGGUGACAACGUCGUCAUGUGGAAGAAGGAAGACAGGCCGAAGCACAGUCGCCGAAUUCUGACAGCCGGCGAUUCCCGGGUCACUGGCGAUCGGAGGGUUUCCGUCAUCCACGAUUCUGCUACUUCAGGCGAGACCGAAAUCCCAACCGGAGGUGAUGUGUGGGUGCUAGCUAUCAAGAACGCCAGGCCUGCUGACUCUGGUCUCUAUGUUUGCGAGGUCAACUCGGAUCCCGUAUUGCGCUCCUUCCAUAAACUGAGCGUGCUCUCCAGGGCGCUUUUACCACCGGAAAACGCAACGGAUGUGACCCUGUACUCGACGCAGAAGGAGGUUUACGCAAAAAGUCACAACUACACGACAUGCUGUCAGAGCGAAAACGUCAACGCUAGUUGUCUUGGCUUUUGCAGUAUUCAGAGUAUCCUGGAAGGCAACACCGGCCAAGACCCGGAAAAUUGCGAGGCCGACUUUCCAUCCAUCGUAAAAUGCAUGGCAGACGGACGCAACCACGUGCCAUGCUGCAUCCAGGAAUCGGUGCCCGACAUCUGCCAGGACGUCUGUCGUGGCGACUACACGGUCAUCACGGAAAAUGUUAAAACGCACUUCUCCUGUUCAGCCUACACCGAAAAAACACUCGCCUGCAUCGUUGAAGGAAUAAAAUUACUACCGUCUCCACCGACGCUUCUUAACGUGGAAUCGCUCACUGACAAGUCAUUGCGGGUAACUUGGUCACCGCCGGAUGCCAACAGGGAAUCGGUCACCGAAUAUCUCGUCAACGUCACGGCUCUUCGACACUUUGACGAACAUCCCAGUGACAUCGAUUCGACCGGAACUCUGCCGACGGAAAACGUGACGAUGCUGGUCAAGGUCCGUGGAAACGUACUGUCGACUGUGGUUACUGACCUGAAACCAUUUACCAUGUAUGAGGUUCGCGUCGUCUCCCUAAAUAUUCACGGAAGCAGUCUUCCCAGCUACGCGGUCAGAACGCUCACCUUUUCUCCUGGACGAAUGAAGCCUACCACCGUUGUCGACACUCCACGUCUCCCGGAUACCCGUGGCUGCUGCGUCAGCAGGGGGGUCACUGAUCCUGGCUGCGUCGAGAAGCUCUGCGAUCCGUCCUCGAUCGACCAUGCAGAAAUUCAUAACUUAAUGAUCUGUGCUCCGUGGGCUCCCGAUACUUUUGCUUGUCUGAGUGACGGAAUCGAUCAUACGCCGUGUUGUAAAGCUCGUGGAUUACCGGACAUCUGCCAACCAUUCUGCAGCGGCAACGUGACUGUAAUUAAUUUCAAUCACUUCAGAUGCUUGAGUUACAUGAUGGUAUACAAGAACUGCUUGUUGGAUGGUUACGGUGUCCUUCCGUCCGCCCCCACCAGUAUUCAGAUCUCCAACAUCGACACAGACUUUGCAAUCCUGCAGUGGUCACCUCCGAAAACGCUCGGUGAUACGGUCAAAGGCUACAACGUAUACUACAGGGAGCUAACUGACGACUAUUCUACAGCUAUAUACGAAGAACACUUGGAUGUAUACAGUCCUACAAUAUUAACCAAUUUAACCCAUGACACUGACUACGAAGUUUACGUAGAGGCACGAAAUACACAUGGAGUCGGCGACCCGUCAGCGAGAAUAAUCUUCAGAACUCAGAGCAAGGUCCUUGUCGAUAAGGAAGAAGAGGCUUCUUAUUACAACAUCACAUCAUGUUGCGUGGAGACGAACUUGAACAGUAUUUGUAUGCCUUUGUGCACCUACGAUGCUUCCAUGUCCGAUAUUCGAGCACUGGCGUCUGUGUGCGAUUCCGAUUUCCAUAAAAUACUGAAAUGUGCAGCUGGAGGUAGAAAUCACAACGAUUGUUGCAGUCGUCGCGGAGUCCCUGCGGGAUGCAUGACUCUUUGCAGCGGAGUCAUUGUCGAUAGCCUCAUCAGUACUGCUACAAGUUGUAUUCCAUUUAUUGGCAACAUUGUUCAGUGUCUUGAGGAAGGCGUCGAUACGUUACCGGGUCCCAUUUCUGAGCUGCAUGCUACUGAAAUCACAGACAGUUCAGUAAAGUUGGAUUGGGAACCGCCAACCGACGGAUCAAACGUUACCGAUUACAUAGUAUACUAUCAAAAAGUUGACAAUACCUCGAUGCACGAGACGGUCAGCAAGCUCGAUCAUCAAAUAAACGUUACCGAAACAUCCGCCGCCAUUAUCGGCUUAGAAAAUCAUAAGUUAUACCAAAUGUUUGUUGUGUCUCGUAACAAACACGGGACUUCCUUGCCGACUUCUAUUUUAAUGAUCAACGUAACGAGUAUCGAAAUUGACGACAAAGGUGUUCACGCUGUUACGUCACCGCCGCAUUCUCUCGCCGUUUCGGGGCACAGUGCAACCUGGGUAACAAUUUCUUGGCAGCCGCCAGAGUUCUCACAUCCUUCGGAAAAUCUGACGUACGAGUUAUUGUACAAAAGUACAGCCGAUCAACAGUUCCAGCACAUUCAAACAUCCAUCACAUCACACAGAAUUCAGAAUCUGAUACCGAAUACACAAUACAUUGUCUUCGUAACCGCACAUGGUAAGAAGGGUACCAGCCUACCUAGCGAGACGCUCAUUGCAUGGACAGAUCCUGCAUAUCCCGCGUAUGUCGAGCCACCGACUGUUCAUCCGAUCAACCUCGUUGUAGAAGGCAGCAGCAUGACCAUUUUGUGCAUUGCGAUGGGUACGCCAAUGCCGACAAUCAGCUUAUACAUUAGCGGGCGACUUGUCUAUCAAGAAACGACGAGGCAUAUGGUUACUGUUGUGAACAACGUAACACGAGAUAUGGAUCAAAUUAGUUGUUAUGCAGACAACGGUUACGGUACACCCAUGCAGGCUAGCAGAAAAAUUUCAAUCAGUCAUGUACCGCACGUAACUGCAUCCGUCAUAACAGUGGCCGCUUUGGGUGAUUCCGUGGUAUUGGAAUGCAAAGUCGAAGCAUAUCCAGAACCCAAGAUGCUAUUCUGGCGAGAUAAGAGUGGUCGCAUUCCCGUCAUUCAAGGUGGGAAGUACAACAUCCACGUUCAGCCAAGUAAAGAUACGGAGACUGAGUACGUGAUGCAAUUAACCAUCAAUAAGAUAUCCGAAAUGGACGAGGGCGAUUACUUUUGCCACGCGGAAAAUGCGUUCGGAAGUGGCACGCAGCCCGUGAGUGUCCGGAUCAGGAACGUUGCCGCGACUAAUAACGUUACGCAGUGUUGUAUCGAACAGAACGUAACCAGUGGUUGCAUGGAAGCGUGCAGCUUUUAUUUAGACAUAGACGCGGUCAUCGACAAGCCGCAGUGUAUCAACGACUUUGACAAGCUCAUGAAAUGCGCCGCCGACGGAUCCGAUCACAGAUCCUGCUGUGCAAAGUGGGAUGUGCCUCGACGCUGCCUGGACUGGUGCCGCGGAGAGCCGCUACUCAACAACAAAUUCUGCGUUUUGUCCUACACAAGACCUAUAAUGAGCUGUUUCCAAGAAGGGCGAGACCGUUUACCGGGUCCACCACAAGCAAUCAGUGUAGACGUUCUAGAUCCUCAUACCGUAAAUGUUCAUUGGACACCGCCCGUCAAAAAUCCACAUACGGUGGAAGUGUACAGAGUAUUUUGGCGCCCCAAGGGAGCAACAAAGGGUAACACCACUAAGAAUGAUACGAAAACGACGAACUUAGUGAUCUCAGGAUUAAAAGAAGGUGUAAUAUACGAAUGCGUGGUUAAAGCUGGUAAUCACUUGGGUACGAGUACCCUUUCUGAACAGGUGGAGUUCAUCACUGGGGACAAAUACGUAACGUCCGCACUCGGAGAUUCUGGAUCUCACGUGGGAACAGUCAUCGGAAUUAUAUUGGCUGUUGUUUUCGUGGCUUGUAUUGUCGUCGCUGGUGUUUGGUUUGUUAGAACGAAACGACUGAAUGCUAAAGGGCAAGGUGGUGUCGCAUUUGAAAACCCGAGUUACCUCAGAGAAGUGAACAUGGAUCAUAUCCAAGAUCAAUCACAGGUCAACGGCAUCGCGACUUCGGUAACGUCUGGAGGUACUGGCUGGAAACAAGAAACGUUGAACGUACCAUCUGGUCAAAUGGGUUCAAUGGCGAGCCACGAGACAAAUACACCCUACGAAGAACUGAAGCUUGGACAAGACGGCGCUGGAUUCAAAAAACUUUGCCCGUAGCACACAGUCUUCAUCAGCCAUUACCAGGAUCACGCAAACCUUAUGCCCAUACGCUUAGCACGUGAGUCAACUUUUUGAAAAUGACACUUAAACAUUUUCGAGUCCAAAGUAAAGUAUAUGUACAGUAGAUACAAUAGCUGAGAGAUUAAUAUCAUGUUACUGGGUACAACGCGAUGGCCUUCGUGGGAUCUGAAUCUAAGACUUGAUGGUAUUUUUGUAAUUUUUUAGUUGUUUUCAGGGCUUAUCCCCCCCCCCCCCCCCCCCUCCCCUGGCCGACCCUCUGAUGAUCAUAUGCACUUAUAGAUCGUAUUUGUCAAAUUCUUAUCUCGAACACUUAAAUGACCAUUGGCGAUAUACAUGCAGAAUAAAGUUUAUGCCAAACCAUUCGCGUACUGUUUGCGUAAGAGACUGCGCAUAAUUAACGUAGUUUGUAUAUACACACCUAUCAAUGCAAAUAUGAUACACAUUCGAAUUAUAUUAUAAUAUUUGUCGUAACUGUUCGAGGAAUCGGCAUUUUAUUUGUUCCGCAGUUCUCUUGUGGUUGCAUAGAGAGAAGAGAAAAACAAAAUUGAUUGACUCUGUCUAAAAUAUGGUAUAGUAUGUGCAAGUGUAAAAAUUUAACGUUAGCUGUGAUGUUUGAUACAUCGAGCUAUAAAGAUGAGAAACAAAUCAUUUUAAUGAGCUGGCCUCACUGAUUUUCACGUGGCAUAUUUUCUAAAUCGAGACAACUACAAAGUCACUAUGCAAAUCGGUAAUUAAUAGCUCUUACUAUCAACUUUAAUUUGUUUCGUCAUAGUUUUGUGUAAUACUGCAAUCUCUAUUAAUACGUAAACAUGUAAUCACCUACCAUCUAGAAGCAUGUAUAUGGUCUUGAAACACGGGCAAUGUAAAUUACAUAGGUAUGUAAUGUGAUCAAGUGAUUGCUCAAAGAAUACUUGACUGUAGGUUCCACUUUGUCCAGUUCUCAGGCCUUCAAUGAUCAAUCAUAUUAUGAUAAUAAUUUUGUGCGUAUUUGGUAUGUUUUACUCGAAUUUUUAAUUAAUACGAUUCCAAAGAUGACAAACAACAAUAUACGAUGAGAUAUCGUAGAUGCGCACCAUAAAGAUUCCCAAUUAUAGGCAAUUCAAGGUACACAUAGAGUUUCCGAUUUUUAGUAGUGGAAUUGUACCCCCAGUUGCCUAUAAUUACGGGUCUUUAUGUUGCGUAUCCGCGUAAUGUCACAGUACGUGCAAAAAUAAGUAAAUAAAAAUGAAUAUCACAUACCAUGAAUGAAUGUAUAGCGGGUCGCAUUAAAAUUAGAAGUGGUGCUAUGAUCAUUAGCAAUCAAAUAAUAUAUUGCGGUGUAUAAUAUUUUUAUGCAUCUACUUAUAGAAGGAAUACCUGGAAAAUGUUUAUUAUUACGUAUAUAGUAAAUUCACAGCGUUACGAUACGGGAAGCAUUAUAGGAAUAGCUACUAUGUUUCACAUCUUGUCUAUUGAUAGAAUUUGCAUAGUAUGUAAUGUAAAAAUAUAUUACGAAUGCGAGUGGAGUUAAAAUUUAGACAAAAUGGAGUAAACGGAGACAAUCCGGACGGCACCAUAUUGUUUAUAUUAAAUAAUACCCGUCCUGAAACUUAUAUAGCUCACUGAAAUUAUUGUAUAACUGUAGCAUAUUGAACCCCCUAAUUGCAAUAGUAUAACGUAUGGUACCAGUAAUGUAAAACUAUUGGAUUACUCACUAAUGCAUCGAAAUUUAAUAUACAGGUUGUCGAAACGAUGAAACCAAAAAAAAAAAAAAAGAAAUAAAAUUAAUGAAUAAAAUGAAAAAUAAAAAAAAUAUACAUGGAACAAUGAAACGUUAC